AUGGUGUUGCUUCUGCGGGCGCCGCUGUCCCGCCUGCCUCGCUGGGCCUGGAUUGCGCGGCGGCACUUGCACAAGGGCUAUGUGGGUACUACCUUGGAGAAGCUGAGCCUGCCACGGCACCACUGGCUCAAAGAAGUGGAGCAGGCCCCGGAGAAGUCGACGGUGCGGAGGAUGAAGGACCGCUACCUCAGAGAACUGGGGUCCGUGCACCAAGAGCUGUCUGGGCUCUUUCGCGAUGAAAAGAAGGCGCGUGGCGCGAUUGAAGAGCACUCUGAAGCAGAAAGACAAAAGCUGUCGAGCAUGCAUGAGCAACGGGAGCUAAAGAACGAGGCACUACGGGUCUACCGCCUGCUGCGGCCGGAUGCGCCACCCUUCUUUGAGGAGGAUGCUAUGCUCAGCAUGAAGGCAAAGAUGAACCGAAUUGCAAAGGAUGAGGAUGACCAGGCUGGCAUAGUGAAGGCCGAGAAGUUUGGGGACCCAUUCAAGGCGUAUUUGCCGGUGGUGAAUCAGAAGGCCUUCCUGCUGGCGUUGGAGUCCGUGACGGCUUCCUUGGCACAGGACCUGGAGACGCUGUGCGUUCUAGCCAACCCAGAUGAACAGCUGCCAGACGCGGAUGAUCCGCUUCGCUUCAAGAAACUGGUGGACAUCCUUUUCGGCAUCUUCCAACUUGAGAAAGAUCCUGGCAAGGUGGACGCCUUCAUGGACCGCAACUGGGCAAUGCUGCAGCACUUGCUGCCCGAGGAGAUUGUCCACAUGGAUCCCAGUGGAGCGCAUGUGGCGCGGUGGCUGAAGGGCCAUUUGGAGCGCGUGAUCCUGAACCAGCAGCGGUAUGAGGAAGCGGAUCAAAAGAUAUUUCUUCACAAGAACCAGAGCCAAGAGGCAAUGUACAAUUUCGCAGAGGACUUUGCCUAUGACGACGAUCCAAUGCCUGGUUUCUUGGCUGAUGAGCGGAACUUGGACUUCCCUCUCGAGAAGGCGAAGGAGUACAUGCAGCUUUUCUUGAACAUGCUAUCGAGCAGUGCCCGCGCUCGCGAUGUCAGCGACAACAUCGCGCCUGGGGCUUUUGCCGCGAAGGAGGAUGCUGAGACGGUGGCCGAGCAGUUCCAGGACUUUGUGUGGGACCUUGAGGACAUUGGCUUGCGCAACUGGCUGAAGAUGGACCUGCGGGAGCUGGAAAGCCAUCUUCCCAAAGACGUGCUGGCCCCUUUGGUUUACGGGCAGGAGACAGAAGAAUCAGAUGCUCUCAGCCUUACCAAAGAUGACGUAGAGGUAGCCAAGCUGAUGCUGAAAUGCGCUGCGCGGGGCAAGGCGGACCUCCUGGACUUUGAGGCAGUAGAUCCAUACAAGCUGCUGCACGGCGUGCCGGCUCGAGCGGUGGAUGAGGAGUUGCAGAGCCUGCCGGUGCACCCCGUCCUUGAUGACCAUGGCCUGGAGCGCUUGGUCUCCGAUCAUUGUCAAAGCUUGGGAAGGCCACCGAAGGACUGGGAGCAGAGCCAGGAGGAUUGGCUCAGCGGGAGCGCCACCGUUUCGGAGAUCUACCAGAAGGAGUUGGACUUCUACCGCACCGCUGGGCCAGUGGAGUGGACCUUGGGGGGUGAGAUGGGUGACACCUGGAAGUGGCGCCAGCCGCCCAACACCUUCUGGGACGAGAGGCGCAAGGUGUACAUUCAAGAGCAGAAGGGUGUGGACCCCAACCUGCAGCUGAAGGAGCUCCGUCAGCACAUGCUGGCCAUCACGCGCAUGCGCAGCAUGUGCAGCGUGGGGCGCGUGAGCUACUUUCGCGGCAUAGUUGUGGUGGGCAACGGCCGGGGCGUCUACGGCUUCGGCAUCGGCUUCGGCAACACGCCCAAGGAGUGCCGCUCUGAUGCCACUCUGCGGGCACUGCAGAAUCUGGACUACAUUGAUUAUGACCCUGGGCGAAUGCUUUGCACGCCAUGCAAGGGACAGGAGUACAAGCACACCAUGGCGCUGAUCCCGCGGCCUAUUGGCCGGGGCAUCAAGGCCAACAAGAAGUUCCUUCCGCUUUUGUACAUACUCGGCCUUGACAACGUCAAGGUGAAGUUCAUGCACCAGAAGCUGUUCACGCGAGUGCGUGCCAUCAAGCGGUGCCUGGAGCAGGUAAUGUCACGCCGAACUCUGGCCAACAUGACCGGAAAGCGAUAUGCAUUGCUGGUUGCUCCCGGUGAUCAUUGGGUUCAUUGGCCAGAUCGCUGGUUUGACGUGACCUCUGAGCCUUACAAGGCAGCAGAUCGUUACCGGAAGUACAUCCGCCGCCACGCCUUGCACUUCAAGAAGCGCGGCGCAAAGAUUCCCAUCCCCGAGGAUGUGCAGCCAGGCUGGAGCAAGAAGAGCUGGGCCAAAUGGAACAAUCCUUUGGAGCGCUGGAUACAGCGGCGGCGUGAGUUCUACGAGCCUCCGCCUCCGCCCAAAAAGCAGGAGAAACAAGCAGGUGCAGCUGCCUAG